AUGAAACGCAGUCGUCGUAGCUCAAUUCCACCGAAACGUCUGACCUAUUCGAUGCCUUCAACUCCGACAAAAUCCUCGAAAUCAGCUCCAAAUUCCACUCACACAUCACCAACAAAAGAAGCUGCUUUACGCGUUCUCAAAAAAGCGCUUUCCAGAGAGAAAGUUGUAAAAGGGCUCAAAUCGAAAUGCAUCUCGUUGCCAUCAUCGCCAAAAAAGGUGGCAAAGAUUUCGAUCAAGCGUCAAAAUUUCGUCUUCAAGCCGCGUCGCUUUGGGCUCACCGACGAGAAACUCAAACAGAUUCAAAAAGCCCGAGCCGAGAUCAUAAAAGCUGAGAAAUCGGGAGACGAUGCAAUUCGAGAAGUCGUCGCCAAAACGCGUCAAGAAAUUAUCGUUGGAAAUGAAACGGCUUCGAUGCAACGCAAUCGAACAGGUCGCAUGGUGCGACACACAAAUAAAGUGUUCGUCUCGCACAUUCUCGUCAACACUUUCAACUACAACAAAUUGAAGCCAAACGACCCAGUUUGCAAUGUGAAGGGACAGAUCUACUUUGAUAAAGUCGAGGCGGGAAAUCUCCGCUGGAAAGACAUCGUAAAUCUGAAGAAGAGGAAACUUUUGACGGGAAAACGUCACAAAAGAAAAGGAAAGGGCAAUAAAGAGUGUUCAAGUAGUGAAACCUCUUCGGUCAAUGGCAAAGUCGAGCCAAUCCAAGCACCGGAAAUUUCUAAUCACCAACCAACUGCCGCAGAAACGAUCCAAGACAACAGUGAUGAAGAAGAGCUA